AUGGCCUCCCGCUUGGCUAGAAGUGCGCUUGGGGCCGCGCGCCUCCGACCGGCUGUCUCUCAACGAGCGUUGCCGGCCUUGUCGUCCAUCAGCGCGAACCGAUACAACUCCAACGUGCCCACCGACCCCAAGAACAAGGCGCAAUCCAUCAUCGACUCGCUGCCGGGCAGCUCGCUCGUCUCUAAGACCGCCAUCAUGUCCUCGGCCACCGCUCUGUCCAUCUACGGUAUCAGCAAUGAGUAUCUGGUCAUCAACGAGGAGACAGUUGUCGCCUUCUGCCUGCUCAGCGUCUGGGGUGCGUUGAUCAAGUACGGUGGUCCUAUGUACUCGGAGUGGGCCCAGGCACAGAAUGAGAAAAUCAAGAACAUCUUGAACGCCGCCCGCGCCGACCACACCCAGGCCGUCAAGGACCGGAUUGAGAAUGUCGAGCAGAUGGGUGGUGUCAUUGAGACCACCAAGGUUCUUUUCGAGGUCUCCAAGGAAACCGCGCAGCUUGAGGCCCAGGCCUACGAGCUCGAGCAGAAGACUGCGUUGGCUGCUGAGGCCAAGUCCGUAUUGGAUUCAUGGGUGCGAUAUGAGAGCCAGGUCAAGCAACGUCAACAGAAGGAACUGGCCGAGAACAUCAUUGCCAAGGUUACAAAGGAGCUGGAGAACCCCAAGGUUCUGCAGCAGAUUCUCCAGCAAAGCGUUGCCGACGUUGAGAGAAUCAUCUCCAAGCCUCAAUAG